AUGGCAGACGACCGCGAGUGCCUCGAGUACUUGUUGCACGGCCGCACCGGAGACUUGCCGCGGCGGUGGCCCAACGGAGUGAUGGACGAGGGCCGACCCGCCGGCCUCUCGCUCGACGACUUUGUGGCGCACCCGCACUCGCGCCUCGCCGGCCUCUCCCCCGCCCACGUCGCGGCGCUCCGCCUCUACACGUGCAACUGCUUCCGGUCGCUCAACGGCCCGCUGCGGCGCCAUGCGAUCCGCCUGCUGCGGGCCGUCGGCGCAGCGAGAUCCGACGCAAACGAGCCGAUGGACGUGUGGCGAGGCAUGAAGAAUUUGGAGCUGACCGAAGGAUUCGCAACCAAGGGCGGCACCGAGGUCGCGCCGAUGUCGACAACGACUGACCUCCGCGUCGCGGUGUCGUACAGCGUCGGCUUCAGCCCCGCCGGCGCGAGCCGCGCGCUGCUCUUCAAGCUGCGCGCCGAGUCCUUCAUGGACCGAGGCGCCGGCACAUGCCGCGCCGACCUCACUUUCCUCUCCUGCUUCCCCGGCGAGGCGGAGAUGUGCUUCCCGCCCCUCACCUACCUCGCCCCGUCCGGGAGGCGCGAGGUCUUUGUCGUCGAGGGCGUCGAGUUCGAGGUCAUCGAGGUGGAGCCAAAGUUUGGCAGCUAGCGCCCCUUUAGAGUGUGGUGAGGCCCGGGCCAGUAACACGAGCCGUGUGGUGGCUUGGGGCAUGGGGGGAAGAGCGGUCGCGGCAGAAGCAGCAGCGCGGCGGCGGCAGCAGUGGUUCAGUGUGGCCGUGUGGCCGCCGCGGCGGGGCGUGAUUACUGUACGUGUACGUACUUGAAAAAGAGA